CAGAGAAAGAAAAAAGAAAGGGCGGCUAGAGAACGCGCGGAAACCAGUAAAAUAGGUGCAUCCUCGGUUUUAAAUAACAAUCUCAGCGAAAGAGACUUCAGAAAUGCUAUUGCAACUACCGUGGUAGAUUAUUGUAGUAGGUUUAAACGUCACAUGGAUGUUCAAACAUUCAAAAAGCAAGCCAGAACUCUAUCUCACCUUGUACAAGAUAAGGAACUUCGUCGUUCAGAAUGGCGCAAUGUGGUAACUUACCGCUUUACAGACGAGGCCAAAGCUCGAAUCAAGAGUUUUGUUAUUGACUAUAUGAGGAAAUUGAUUUCACGAAUAAAAUCAUCUGCUGAAAGGCACAAAAAAAACAACAUAUAA